CUUUAAUUUUAUAACGUGCUGGCAUGCUAUUUUGAUACCAAAAACAAUACAACGUUUCAAAAAUUAAAAGCUACAAUUUUACUUCGCUGUUCAUCAGAUAUCGUAGUUUUUUUUUGUCUUUUAUAGUUUAUUUAAUCUAAUUAUAGUUUUCCAACUGGAAAUUUUUAUAAGUUUCGAAACUAAGAAAAAAAAUACAUUAUUCUCGAGAUGAGCAAAAAACCGGCUGCAAAGAAAGAGGGGCAAAGCAAGGGACCUUCUGCACCAGCCAAAGACGACCAGGGCUAUUCUAAUUUUUCUGUGCCAGAAGACACUACAAAUCUGAUUUUGGUUGUGGAGAAUAAAAAACUAUACGUUCACAGAGACAUGAUGAUGGUGGAGUGUCCAGGUCUGAGAGAGAAACUGAACGCCUUGCAAGAGCAGGAUGAGUCUACAGGCAACGAGAACAGCACAAACACUCCUCCACAGACUCCCAGAGGAGGGGACCCCCAACGUCCGCAGGAAUUGGCCUUGGAGGGGGUGGAGUAUGAGAAUGUGAAGGAGAUGCUCAAGUGUCUCUAUCCGCCCAGAAAGCCAGUCACAGAUGAGAAUGUGGACUUGCUCACUUGGCUGGUGGGGGAGUGGGACAUAGACAGACUGAGGGGGGACUGUGAGGGAGUGUUGAUGAAGAGAGAGCCAGCCACUCUAGCCCUUCUCCUGCAGGCACAACAGGCAAAGCUGGAUGAUGUGUGCGAGUUUGUGGCCAAGAAGUUAGUGGAGGACAACUCGAUAGGGGAUCUGAAGAAACAGGAGGAGCAGUUUGAGCAGCUGGACUUUUCCAACCAGUCCAGACUGUACAGACAUAGAAUACUAUUCCUAGAGGACGAACAGGUCAAACUAGACGACACAGCCACUCUACUAUACCCUCUCACCAAGAUUGCCACAGAUCUGAAUCAUGUCGACGGACUUUAA